GGAUGUGAUUCGUGUAUUUUUCAAAUGGCAGUUUAGUGUAGGUAUUGUUGUAUUUUGUAACUGGAAGUAGACUAAAGAAAGUUCCAUUUUUGAACAGGAAAUAGCUUAAAUUUGGAGGAGAAAUUUCCUUAUUUUGAGAACAACCUGGGCAUACCUGCACAUAGAUGGCUGCUCUUCAUCCAUUACUUGUAACAAGGCUAUGCUGUCUAAACUGUGGAGCAACCGAUGUUUCCAAGUUAGCUUCAUCAUCCAGUUCUCUCACAAGAAGCAAGAUGUCACGUACCUUCGAUAGAAUGGCUAUUGGCAAGAAGCAGUCAUGCCAAGGAUUCAUGCCUGAUGUCAUGGGGACUCCUUCACAGAAUGUUAGCUUGAAAGUAUGUGCUGCACGUGUUUCAAUUGAACCAACUGAACAGAUGUUCACUCUUACCACAGAGUUCGGCAAACUUGAGAAGGAGUCCACUUAUCUAUUCAGGACAGAGACUGGCGAUCAAAUGAAGGUUUCUGUAGGAAAGAGAAACUUGAAAUAUGCUGUGUAUAUUGAGGUUUCAUCGCUGCAAUCACAUAGCAGUAGCAAUAGAUUACUACUGUCUUGGGUUGUUUAUAGAUCAGAUUCUAGAUGCUACAUGACAGAGGACUUUCAAGACUCAUCUCCUGAUGGGAGGGCAUUCGAGUCGCCGUUCAAUCAAAUUUCUCUUGGCACAUAUACACUUGAACUGGAAUUUGAAGCAAAGAAAAUCCCCUUCUUUCUUUCCUUUCUUUUGAAGUCUGCAUUUGAGGCUACCUCAAGUAUUUCGGAAAUUAGAAGUCACAGGGGAACGAAAUUUUGUGUUCCAGUUGGUUUAGGUCGAGGUAGCCCAUUUCCAUUGGGUCUCUCCUUUGCAACUGAUGGUUCGCUGAAUAUUUCUAUCUUUUCGAGAAAUGCAGAAGCUCUGGUUCUGUGCUUAUAUGAUGACGUCUUGGCAGAAUUGCCUGCUUUAGAGCUUGAUCUGGAUCCAUAUGUUCAUCGAUCAGGUGAUAUUUGGCAUGUGGCACUGGAAAGUGCUGAGACUUACGAGAGCUAUGCUUUCCGAUGUAGGGGAAAAAGUUCAGAUCAGUUGGAAUCAGCCCUCACAUUACUGGAUCCAUAUGCCAAGAUUGUUAUGAAGUCAAUAAUCAAGGAUAAAGGAUCUACUAGUGUAAAUUACCGGGGACUGCUAACGAAGGAACCAACUUUUGAUUGGUCUGGUGAUGUCCAUCCCAACAUACCACUAGAAAAGUUGACAAUUUAUAGCUUGAAUGUGAAGCGCUUCACAGAGCACGAGUCUAGUCAACUAUCUGCUGAUAUUGCUGGGACAUUUUCUGGUUUAGCUCAGAAGCUGGAUCAUCUUAAAGAUCUUGGGGUGAAUGCAGUUCUUUUAGAGCCAACUUUCCCAUUUGACGAAGAAAACGGACCAUAUUUUCCUUGCCACUUCUUUUCCCUGGCGAGUCUGUUUGGGCCUUCCAAUAACCCCAUAUCCACAAUUAAAUCAAUGAAGGAUAUGGUGAAGAGAUUGCAUAUGAAUGGAAUAGAGGUUUUUCUUGAAGUAGUCUUCACCCAUACUGCCAAUGCUGGAGCAUUGCAAGGUAUUGACGAUGAGUCCUAUUAUGUCAAUGGACCAGUAGAAUUGAAACAGGGGAAUGCUCUGAAUUGUAACUAUCCAAUUGUUCAGCAGAUGAUCCUCGAUAGUCUUCGGCACUGGCUGACUGAAUUUCAUGUUGAUGGCUUCUGUUUCAUCAAUGCUUCAUCUUUGUUGACAGGAUUUCAUGGAGAAUCCUUAUCUCGGCCUCCUUUGGUUGAGGCAAUUGCUUUCGAUCCAGUACUCUCAAGGACAAAAAUCAUUGCGGAUUGCUGGGAUCCCAUCAACAAAACGCCAAUGGAUGUCCAUUUUCCUCAUUGGAAGAGAUGGGCAGAAGUGAACACAAAAUUCUGUACUGAUAUAAGAAACUUUUUGAGAGGUGAGGGGCUCUUGAGUGACCUUGCAACGAGAUUAUGCGGGAGUGGGGACAUAUUUUCUGAUGGUCGAGGCCCCUCAUUUUCUUUCAAUUACGUUUCUCGCAAUUUUGGACUUCCACUUGUUGAUUUAGUCAGCUUCAGCAGUGGUCAGCUCGCAGCAGAGUUUAGUUGGAACUGUGGUGAGGAAGGUCCAACUAAUAAACCUGCUGUCCUUGAAAGAAGGCUCAAACAAAUUCGUAACUUCCUCUUCAUCCUCUACAUUUCCUUGGGUGUCCCUAUUCUUAGCAUGGGCGAUGAGUGCGGCCAAUCUACCGGAGGUUCCCCUGCUUAUGUUGACAGAAAGUCUUUUGACUGGAACGCCCUUAAAACAGGCUUUGGCAUCCAGACAACACAGUUCAUUUCCUUGAAUUCAUUUAGAAUGAGACGAGCUGACCUGCUUCAGACAUCAUUUUUGAAAGAAGAGAAUAUCGAUUGGCAUGGAAGCAAUCAGUCUCCACCAAAGUGGGAGGAUUCAUCAUGUAAAUUCCUCGCCAUGACCUUGAAGAGAGAAAGAGCAGAAAGCCAGUCGAGCUCUGAAACAUCUCAUGAGUUCGGCGAUUUGUUUAUUACGUUUAAUGUGGGUCAAAAUUCAGAGAGUGUCAUUCUACCAGUUCCUCCGGAGGGCAUGACCUGGCAUCGCAUGGUUGACACGGCUCUGCCGUAUCCAGGGUUCUUCUCAGCCGAUGGAGAGCCAGUGCUCGAGCAGAUGGGAGGACUGUUUGCCUAUGAAAUCAAGUCUCACAGUUGCGCUCUAUUCGAAUCACGCAGCCAAGGUGGUUGACAUCUUCCUCUCGCCUGUCAUUUUUGUAUUUAAGAUAGAUAAAUCGUUUCUUUGUACAAGACUUAGACAAUAAAUGACCAAAGUACGAGUACAUCGUACCAUAGCAGAACCCUUCCGGGGGCCGUUGUUACCAUAUUACUGUAUAAAAUAAACUCAAUAAUCACUCUUAUUUCGGUAAAGAUGGCUCUUAUCUCUUGGUGUA